GUGAGAGAGGCAGAGCGAGGCAGUGAGGCAGCGGCUCGCCGCAGUGUGUGUCUGAGCCGGCUGCAGUCAUGAUCCUCAGGGCGCUGGGCUUCCUGCCGGUGCUGCUCCUGUCCUGCCUGAUCGAGGCGAAGCUCCGAGACUUCUACACCUUUAAGGUGGUGAACAGCCGAGGGAGGCUAGUGUCUCUGGAGAAGUACCGGGGCUCGGUGUCCCUGGUGGUGAACGUGGCGAGCGAGUGCGGCUUCACGGAGGAGCACUACACGGACCUGCAGCAGCUACAGCGCGAUUUCGGCCCGUAUCACUUCAACGUCCUCGCCUUUCCCUGCAAUCAGUUCGGUCAGCAGGAGCCGGGCAGUGACAAGGAGAUCGACAACUUUGUCCGGCAGGUUUAUGGUGCCUCCUUUCCGAUCUUCAGCAAGAUCGCUGUGGUGGGGACGGGCGCCAACAAUGCCUUUAAAUACCUCGCAGAGGCCUCAGGGAAGGAGCCUGACUGGAAUUUCUGGAAGUAUCUGAUAGAUGUCGAUGGGAAGGUUGUGGGCUCGUGGGGUCCCAGAGUGUCGGUGAAGGAGAUUCGGCCCCAGAUUGCAGACAUGGUGCGAAAGCUCAUCAUCAAGCGAAAGGAGGAGCUGUAACAGCGCGCCUGAACAGAUCCACUCCACAGAUCAGAGCCAGUGCACGUCAGUGGGUCGCCCCUGGAAACACGAUAAACGCACGCCCCUUCAGUCCUUUCACUAACGUACCAACACAUCACCCCAUGAGCAGCACCUUACUGUUACUGUGAAAAAGCCAGUUUCACACAUACUGCCUCAGUGCCUCUGAGCAGCGUAAGCUUGCUUUUCAUUUCGCCUCUCAUUAUAGAGGUUAGAGGGUUCACUCAGCACGGUCCCAGAUGCAGUGCAGCAUGUGGGAAAUGGGCAUUAAGCCGAUGUUUGUCCAGAAAUGCAAGGCAAUAAACUAUAAAAACCACUGAAAACCAAAGAAAAACAUAAAAGAAUGCAAAUGCCAUCAUCAAACAAAAAGUCCAGGAGCUGGCUUAACAGAAAAAAAAACUGUUAAUUAACAGUAAAAGUGUUUUCUUAAUGAUGAUAAAAAUCUGUAAAAUUAGACAUUUCACUUUUUAAAAAACUAUAUUUUGACAGUUUCAGUGCUUUGACUACCAACAUUAUUUUACCAUCACAGUAACAACUAAAAUAAAUGCAACUCUCUGUAAACUAAAGGUGAUCGUUUGUUCUUGUAAAUUUACAGUCUAUUUCUGUAAAUCAACAGCAACAGUGUUAAAAUACACUAUAGGGAAGGUUCAUUUAUAUGCAUUUAAAAAAAGGGCUUUUAGACUAUGUUAAAAUAUAUAUAUUUUUACAGUGUAGCUUAACAUUUCAUGCUGCACCCAUGUUAGGUCUAUGAGGCUUGAAACGAAAUCUCAAGUCAGGAAGUUUCAGAGGGUAGACAAACGUACUGUGCUCUUUUGGUACCUCAGAUUGUUGAGCAAAGCAACUGAUUGGACAAUUGGUCCAUUUGGUAUGUCUGUAGAAUUUGCUUUCAUUAUGCAGCACAAUUGCUGUGUGUGAAACAGGCGUCUGAACAAACGGCCUGUAAAUCUUUUAAUCUAGACAUUUAUUUGUUAAAAACACCACCAUUAGAAUUCAUACAAAUAAACAGUUCUGACUGUCCUGUACGCAAGAGUGUUGGUUUAACCAUUUCAGACCUCUCCUCAGUGAAGUCCAGUACUUACAGCAAUACUUCCUUUACCUAAUCGAUCCUUCGCUAAUUAAAUCAGGUGAGCCGUAUUCUUCCAACCAGAAUAUUAACCCUUACACGAGGAUAAUGUCGUACACAACAUCAUUACAGACGUUGUUCAGAAAAGAAUACGUCUCAGAAACGUGCAUGCUAGAGAUUUGGCUAGUACUGUGCUGUUGGAAUGAGGGCUCUAGUGUGAUCAUAUCCUUUUCAGAGGUUUUGUAUUCCAGCCUUGAACUGCACUGUUUUUCAUAGACUUUGUAAAAUAAAUUCAUGAAAUCAUGUAAUUUUACAAAUUCAACACUGAUGGUUUUCUGUGAUUAUUUCUGAAAUAAAUGAAUAGAGGCUGUUGUUAC